AUGGAGAACAUUCUUUAGAGAAGAAGACUCUUAACCCAACUAGCCUAUCAGACUAGAAGAUACUUCCAUGAAGGUAGAUUAGUCAACAUUAACAGAUUAAUGCAAAAGCAACCACUCAAUCUUACUCAAUAUAUGUUCCUCAAUGGAUAAUCAAGAAAUACAACUAUGCUGAAUGUUCAUUCCAGAGCUUUUACUUAAAAGACAGAAAAGCAAGCUGAACCUGCAGCUGCCAAGAAAGAAGAGACAAGCUCAACAGCAGAGUAGAUUAAGAAGGAAGUUAGGGAAGAGAAUAAGAAAGCUGAGGCAGGUUCAUAAUAAAAAUAAUAAGAUAAGUCAAAGAAGGCUUAAGAUGAUUCAUCUAGCAGCAGUAGUGAUGAAGAGGCUGCUGAUAAGCUUUCUAGAGAGGAUGUCAAGGCAAUAAAGAAGCUAAUCUCAGAGCAAGAGACUGAGAUUGAGACCCUUAAAGCGCAAGUUAAGUCAUUCAAAGAAAAGCUUGUUUAUUAACUAGCAGAAAAUGAUAAUACUAUCAAAAGAUAUUAAAAAGAGAUCAAUCAGACUAAGGAAUUUGCCAUUACAAAAUUCGCUAAGGAUCUUUUAGAUGUUAGAGACAACUUGCAACUAGCUAGCGACCACAUUAAGAAACUUAACUUAGAGGAGAUUACCGAUAUUAAGGAGUUAAAGGGUCACUUUGAGCAGUAAUAAAAGGGUAUGGUCAUGACAAGCUCAGUUAUGGACAACACUCUAAAGAGAUUCGGAGUGAUUUAAUUCGACCCUAAGGGCGAGAAGUUCGACCCUAAUCUUCACGAAGCUGUUUUUACCAUUCCAGACCCAACUAAGGAGGCAAACACAGUUGCUGAAGUUAUGCAAAGUGGAUGGAAAAUCGGAGACCGUGUACUUAGAGCUGCCAAGGUCGGUAUUGUAAAGAAAUGA